GUCAAAAAGGAUCCCAAAUUUUGAAGAAGUACUCAUAAAAGCAAAGUGCUCUAACAUUUAAUGUUUUUGUUUAGGUGAGUCAGAGAGCCUUUUCGAGGUUUUUGGAAAGAGCGCUUAAAUGCACAAGGCUGUUUAGUUUUGUAUUAUUGAUGUUGACUGUUCAGAAAUGUGCUUACUGCGAUCCUGAUUCUCCAAAGUUUCAGGAUCUAAGUUGGAUAUUACUUUGUCGUUGCAAUGAAAGUAUUGAUGAACCAUUGGAAUGGCGUUGGUGUAAACCGGAAUCUCCACAGCAGUCCUUCCAGCUGUCUGAAAAUGAUAAGACUGUUACAUUUCAUCCGACUAUUAGUUGGGGCACAGCUGUUGCACGUGGGACUGCCCUACUAACGAAUGGCCUUCACUAUUGGGAACUUAAAGCUGUAUCUCCACUUUAUGGAACAGAUGUGGUACGUUUUUAGGAAUAUUAAAUCUGUUUGUCGCCACCGGUAGGUAGUGUAAGGGUUUAAUCCCAGCUUGAGGGCUUUUGUCUUACUAAUUUUCAAAUCGUACAGGGUUUUGCCGCAGCGCAAAUAUAGCAUAUUUGGUUUCACACUAUAUGAUUUAGAAUUUCAGGUGCUUCUGUUUCACACCAAGCAAAUAUAUGUGCACUGCACUAUUAUUAAGUUCAGCUGCUUAUCUGAAGUAGUUGCCGUGAAAGGUGGCACGAUCUAAUCGGGUUUCAUGGUCAUAAGGCUUUACAACGUAGUAAGUGUAGCCUAUGUAGCGCUACUUCAAUUUGAUAUCGCUACCCGGUUCACUGUGUUGAAAGAUCAAAAGUCGUCGAGUUUUAAGUUGAAAAGUCAAGAAAUGUUCAUUUGUACCUUGCACGGUAUUAAAUAUGGUUGGAAUCGGUCGAACAUGUGCAAAACUAGAUCAUUAUUCACAAGAAUUCCGUUCGGUACUUGGUAUUGAUUGUGAUUCGUGGGGAUUAAGUUAUCGUGGUGCACUUAUGCAUGAUGGUCAAACAUAUCCCUUGGGAUCUUGCGCUUUCAAAAAGGGUAGUAUAAUUGGCUGUCUUCUCGAUUUGUGGCAUUUAAAGCUUUACUUCUACGUUGAUGGACAAUUGAAUCCGAAUGCUUGUUUCAAUCUGCCACGUGAUAAUUAUUAUCCAAUGGUAUCUUCAACUACGUUACGAAGUGGUUUUCGUUUGAUUCGUGCAAAAUCUUACCCAAUCACAUUGCAAUAUUUAAUAUGCCAGUAUUUUCUCCACCAGCAACAAAAGCAACCAUCGCUUCAUGCCUGUUUCAAUUUGACCACUUUAAAAUUUCCUGCUGGUCUUCGGGAAAUUUUAAGCAACACUUUACCUCACUCACUAUUCUUCAAACAAAUCCAACAAUUAUCCUUCAUUUAUAAUGAUGUAAACAAAGCGCCAUCUCUUCUGCCUGUUGACUCACCUGAUCCUUUCUUAUGGAUUAGUUUUUCUCCAUCUGAUUCAAAUGAUUUAAACAGUAGUACAAAGGGCGAUAUGGAUAAAUUUGACAUUGAACCAUGCUCUCCGGAAGAGUUCGAUUUGUAUUCAGAUGAUUUGUUGAAUGAAUGUGAGAGAUCAGUAGACAAAGAAGAUGAUAGUUCUGAUGAAAAUCAUCCAACUUGUGAUGGAAUAAAUGAGACCAAUUUUUAUAUAUCUACAACUACUGAAAGCAGUCAAAAAAGGCGUUAUCAAGCUGCCAUGUCCGCAAAUUGUGUGUUAGACAGACUAUUUGUUUUGGCUGCAAAAUCUACCAAAAAGGACGAUAAGUCUAGUGAACCAACAUCCCAUCUGAUGCGUAAUAUGAACUCUGUUGUUUAUGACCAUGCACUCUGGGGUGAAUUUGACGAAUAAGAAAAACUGUCAAAACCAUAAAUUUUCAGUGUUACAAUCGAUCUCUUAAUAUCUUUACUGAAAAAUGAAUUUGUAUAUAAAGAGGUUCACAGUGUUGCUUGUAUAUUCUUCAAUCUAAUCUUUCUUUUAUUAAUAUAAAACUUUCGAUAUUA